CCGAUCGCCGAUACGGAGCACGCUGUGUCAUAACCUUCAGCGCGUGGCGCGCGCUGUUUUUAGUAAACAAUCUCUCACGCGAGUAUAUAUACCACUUGACGUUUAUUACGAUUCGCGAUGUACGAGGCGCACAGCAUUAACGCGGAACACAAGGAUCUCAUACACGAUAUCGCCUACGACUACUAUGGGGAACGAAUGGCUACGUGCUCCAGUGAUCAAUUUGUAAAGGUUUGGGAUGAGGACGAGCAUGGAAACUGGCACUUAACUGCUUCCUGGAAAGCCCACAGCGGAUCGGUAUGGAAGGUCACUUGGGCGCACCCGGAAUUUGGUCAGGUUCUCGCCACAUGUUCAUUCGAUCGCACCGCUGCCGUUUGGGAGGAGAUUGUUGGCGAAGGCUCUGGGCCAGAAGCACGUGGCAGCAAGCAUUGGAUUAAAAGAACAAACUUAGUUGACUCACGUACCUCGGUCACGGAUGUUAAGUUUGCACCAAAGACAUUGGGCCUUCUAUUGGCUACUUGCAGCGCAGAUGGAUUCAUUCGGAUAUACGAGGCGCCAGACAUCAUGAAUUUGAGUCAGUGGACGUUACAACACGACAUCAACUGCAAACUUUCGUGUAGCUGUCUUACGUGGAAUCCAUCUCUCUCAAGAUUACAUCCGCCUAUGAUAGCAGUCGGCAGCGACGAUCCGAAUCCUACGCUUGGGGCAAAAAUCUUUAUUUACGAAUAUUCUGAGAAUAGCAGGCGUUGGGUGAAGGCCGAGACAUUGUCGAGCAUUACGGAUGCCGUUUACGACAUUGCGUUUGCUCCUAACCUAGGCAGAAAUUUCCACACCCUGGCCAUAGCUACGAAAGACGUACGGAUAGUCACUUUGAAGCCGACGGAGGAGAGUACGCAGACAGGUGUGUCUUCGCAUUUCGAAACGAAUGUAGUUGCGCAGUUCGACGAUCAUUACUGCACGGUCUGGCGCGUCAGCUGGAACUGCAUGGGAACGAUUUUAGCGAGUUCCGGCGACGACGGCUGCGUCCGAUUGUGGAAAGACAAUUUCAUUAACCAUUGGAAAUGCAUCUCUGUCCUUAAGGGAGACGGAAUUCCAGCUCAGGGUGCUGAGACGCCCGUUGUAGCGACUCCGCCGAGUUCGUCUACACCAGCUCAACAGCCGUCUACCACCAGGACUGUAAGCAUAGCCACGGUCACGGCGGAGAAGCCGACCGCUACCGUCGUCUGCAGUAACAAGUGGCAAGCGCCCGUUAUAAAGGGACGCUUUAGUAAAUCCGUGUGGCUGGGUAAUCCUAGCGAGCCGACGCCGCCGUUGCUGCCGAUUAUAGCAAAGAAAUAAUUUUGGAACUGUUUGUGAUCUAGCAAUAUGAUUUAGUAUUAUAUUUAGAAUAAGCGCAAUAAUGAAUGUUAAUUUUAAACCCGAUUGUGAUAACGCGUAGUCGGAUAUUUCGUGCGGAAUUAAAAUGCAAAAUUGCAAUCGUUUAUUGCACAAUUCUGUCACUAUUUGAUUUUUUCAUAGCGAUCUUUUUACUACAAUGUGUCGAUUGAUUAUAUAAAUUAAUUAGAUUACAUGAAUCUCUGGUCUGCGAUAUCAAUCUAUCACUAAUGUAGAAAUUUCUGAUAAAUAUAUUUUUAGAGAAUCUCAUUAAAAAAAGAAUUAUUUGGCCAUUUUAUUUGAUGCAUAUAUAUCGAGAUCGUCCUUUAUCCGAGUGCAUCACUGAUUUAUCUUCUUCGCUUUUACUUUUUAAUUCGUUCUCAUUUAUUCACGAUGCGGAGCAGCUCAAUCUUUGGCGCAUAUUUUUCUAUUAAAAUAUUCAUGACGCCAACGUAUAUAUAUGUCGUAUUUUUAUUCACUACGUAUAUAAAACUUGCAGCAAACGAAGGUAGCUUCAAAGUAAGCAUUCAGGUUGGAUGGAAAAAGGUAUUCUUUGAAUGCAUUCAGAUUGUUUCUUCUACCAAUGUUUUUUACAAUGCAUGUCGAAAUCAUAUAAAAACUACAAAGAAAUUACGCAGAUUUUCUUUGCUUUUACUGCGAAAGACGAAUUUACGAAGUUGACAGUAGGCUAUCACAUAAUUAACGCGUAUUACUUAGUGAGUAAAAAUACGUUGUGAGCUAAUGGCGUCAUUAACCGAACCGGUGAGAAAAAGCGUUUUAGAUGUGAUACAAUAUAAUCUUCGCGCUGCUGGUUACGUAAGUUGUACUAUUUGACUGUUUAAAACAUACAUUUAUAAUUAAAAACUUUUAACGAAAGUGAUACUGAAACGGUGUGAUAUAAAAGGUUCGUGUGUAUAAGAAACAUUAUGUGACGAUUCGUAAUAUUAAAAAUUAAACUGCAAUAA